AUGUUCGUCCACCUGUACUAUCGAGAUACCUGGCUAGCUUCCGCCUCCUUGACGAAUGUCAUUGCGUCAGACAUAUCCGUCCCCUUGGAUGAGGCUAACGACGACGCGGUAAUGUAUCGCGGGCCGAGACCGAUUUUACCGGAACUGCAGGCAGCACCUGUCUUUACUGGCGAAGCACUGGCUCUUGCUGGGGAGGCUACGUUCCCGCAGCAUGCGCUGUACGGACUUGUGCUGGAGCAGGAAGCAACAGGCUUUGCCUCAACAGUCCAGUCCUCGGAGGUGUUCGUCAACUCUAACGCGCCAUUCAGUGCUCUAGUAUGCGGUGUACAGGGCUCUGGGAAGAGCCACAGCACAAGUGUAUUGCUCGAGAGUUGCUUGAUCAAGGAUGACCGUGUAGGGACACUACCGGCCCCCUUAAGCGGCUUGUUGUUUCAUUUUGACACGGCUGCUGGUGGCGGCGUCGUUCAACCAUGUGAGGCAGCCUACCUGGCAUCACUAGACCCCCGCCGUGGUGAGCAUGCCGUCCCGCCCCGCGUAACAGUUCUGUGUCUGCCCAACUCGCUCAGGUGUAUGCGAGAGGUCUACAAAGGACUACCCGGAGUUGAAGUUCAACCGCUGCACUUCGCUGCCCGGGAUAUCAGUGCCGAGCGCUUGCUUUGCAUGAUGAAGGUUGAUGGUGAAUCGCAUAUGCCGCUCUAUAUGGAAUACGUCAUGGCGUACAUCCGUUCGAUGGACGUAUUCUCCUACAGCAGUUUUCGCCGUGCUUUACAGGAACAGAAGUUCAGUACCGACCAGAAGUCGAUGCUUAAUCUUCGCUUGAGUCUUCUGGAUGCCUGCUUAGAGGGGGGAACAGACACGAACCGAGUCUCGACACAUUUUGGUCCCGGAAAAUUGGUGAUCGUAGAUCUGUCCUCGCCUUUCAUGGAUGCCGGGUCUGCAUGCGGAUUUUUUGACAUGAUCCUGGGGCUUUUCAUUGAAGCGGACGUUCGCGCAUCGGGAAAGAUUGUCGUACUCGACGAGGCCCAUAAAUACCUGACCGAAAACACGUCAUCAUCCCGGCUGACGGAAUCGCUUCUGUCUGUCAUACGACAGCAGCGGCACCUAGCCACCAGGGUGGUGAUUUCUACUCAGGAGCCGACGGUGGUCCCGAGCAAGUUCCUCGACUUGUGUUCCUUCAUCGUUGCUCAUCGGUUCUCCUCGCCUACGUGGCUGAGGCAUCUGCUCGAGCAUGUGGCAGCCAGAACAACGGAUUCGAGCGCCUGGUUUUCCAAGAUUGCAUCACUCAAAACAGGAGAAGCGCUGCUGUUUGCUCCGUCGGGGCUGAGUGUUCGCGAGAUGCAGAACGGAAGCAUCGACGGCCCCGAUAAGGCGAUCGGACCGCUUAAGCAGAUCGCUCCGCUUGGACCAGGAUAUCUGCACGUUAGGUCUCGUCUCCGCAUCACUCGUGAUGGCGGACACUCCAUGCUGGCCGUUCGUGACUCGGUACUCAACACCAGAAUUGGCCCCAUCGCAUCCCAAGCGGAACCCUCCUCUAUGGCGGGCCUCCCGAACGAUGGCGAUCCGUCCUCUGGCGAUCAGGACUUUCGCAAGUUCAGCAGCUUCCGCUUCCACCACGAAAGCUCCUGCAGACAUGUGGAACUCUUCGGCUCUAAUCGUAUCAAUCCCUCCCGAUUACCUUCCACUCGUCCAAUGGCUGAAGGGCCGACCCGGGCGUAG